CGUACACUUGAAAAUUUUCCUUCGCAUCAUCAAUCACUUCUCUCACGAAAACCGUUUUCAAAUCUGUGAAACUUUUCAUCAAUGGCGGGUAGAGGCAAAACCCUAGGUUCCAGCACUCCCAAGAAGUCCACCUCAAGGAGUAACAAGGCUGGUCUUCAGUUCCCCGUCGGCCGUAUCGCUCGUUUUCUCAAGGCCGGCAAGUACGCCGAGCGUGUUGGUGCCGGUGCUCCGGUGUACCUCGCCGCCGUCCUGGAAUAUCUUGCCGCAGAGGUUCUUGAAUUGGCUGGGAAUGCUGCAAGGGACAACAAGAAGACUAGAAUUGUGCCAAGACAUAUUCAAUUGGCUGUUAGGAACGAUGAGGAAUUGAGCAAGCUUCUUGGUGAUGUUACCAUUGCCAAUGGUGGUGUGAUGCCCAAUAUUCACAACUUGUUGCUUCCAAAGAAAGCUGGUUCUUCUAAGGCUGGUGCUGAUGAUGAGUGAUUCAUUGAGAAAGAAUUGAUUUUGCUAUUAGAAUUACAAACGCUGUUUCGUUCUUUGUUAAUUUUCAAACAGAGUUAGAGUUUGUUUGAUCAUUGAGAUAUGUAGGUUGUGUUAGUGAUUCUGUUAGUGAUGUGAAUACAUUGGUUUCAGAUUGUUCUUUCUUGAUGAGAUUGGUGAAUCUUUAUAAAAUUGAUCCUUUAAUA